AUGAGCUUCAUCUCCUCAUUGAUCAAUUCGACUAAGUUGGAAGCCAUCGGUGUGUCCUACAACAAGUUGAGCGGCUCCUUGCCCGACUCCAUUGCCAAUCUCUCUACUCGGCUUAGUUCCUUAUUCAUUAAAGAAAAUAGAAUUCAAGGGAGAAUUCCUAUAGGCAUUGACAACCUCAUUGACCUAACUAGCUUUGACUUUUCUUACAAUGAAUUCCAUGGUCCGAUUCCAACCACUUUUGCAAAGCUCUCAUCUUUGAUCGAAUUUAAUGGAGGUGGGAAUAGAUUGACAAAUUCACUUCCAAAUUCAUUUGGGAACUUCACUUCUUUAAGCACUUUAGACUUGUCUGAAAAUAGGUUUUGGGGUAACUUGCCUUCAAGCCUUGGAAAUUGCACCAAUUUGGGGAACUUGGAUCUCUCAUCCAACAAUUUUAGUGGCUUAGUGCCUCAAGAAAUCAUGUCCCUUUCAUCACUUUCUAUAGUGCUCAAUCUCUCUCACAACAACUUUGAGGGUUUGAUCCCUUCUGAGGUUGGUCAAUUGAGGAAUCUUGGGACACUAGAUUUCUCACACAAUAGAUUUUCCGGAUUAAUUCCGGAAUCUUUAGGACAAUGCACGAGCUUACAGAAACUUCAUCUUGAGGAGAAUCUACUACAAGGAGGGAUUCCUGCAGGAAUGAGUGCUUUAAAGGGUUUACAAGAUUUGGAUCUUUCAAGAAACAAUCUUUCUGGGAUGAUCCCAGGUUUCUUGGGGAAUCUUGAUCUUGAAAGGUUGAAUCUAUCAUUCAAUAAUCUGCAAGGAGAGGUCCCAACAAUAGGUGUUUUCAAGAACAAAUCUUUAAUUUCUGUUGAUGGGAACAAACUCUGUGGAGGGAUUCCUGAGCUGAAUCUUCCUCCUUGUUCACACAUUAGAAAGAAUUCAACUUUUCUUAAGAUCUUGAUCCCGACUGUGGUUGUUGGGGGCGUAGGCCUGGCGUUGUUGAUCAUAUUCAUUGCUUGGAAGCAAAGGAAAUCGCGUAGGAAUGUGACUUCUGCAACUUUUACUGGCAUUGAGAUCAUGAGGCUUUCCUAUAAGGAUCUCAUGAAAGCAACUGAAGGGUUUUCUGAGGCUAAUAUGGUUGGAUUUGGGAGCUUCGGGUCGGUUUACAAAGGGAUUCUUGAGGAUGGGGAGACACAAGUUGCAGUGAAAGUGCUAAAUCUGUCAGUUAGAGGAGCCUCGAAGAGCUUCUUUACAGAAUGCAAUUCUUUGAAGAAUGUGAGGCAUAGGAAUGUGUUGAAGAUAUUAAGUGUGUGUGAGAGCAUAGACUUCCAAGGGAAUGAAUUCAAAGCAUUGGUUUAUGAGUUUAAGGCCAAUGGGAGUCUAGAGAAGUGGUUGCAUCAAAGUGGGAAUCUUGAGUUGAUCCAAAGGCUUAAUAUUGUGAUUGAUGUUGCUCAAGCAAUUGAGUAUCUUCAUAUUGGUAUGGGUUCAUGUGUGGUUCAUGGAGAUUUGAAGCCUAGUAACAUACUUUUGGAUGAGGAUAUGGUUGCAUAUGUUGGUGAUUUUGGAUUGGCAAAAAUUAUUUCGGAUUUGGUUUCAACGUCGCAUGAAAGUAGCUCGGUUGCGAUUGCGGGUACCAUAGGUUAUGUUGCUCCAGAGUAUGCAACCAACAACUUGAUUUCCACUCAAGGAGAUAUAUAUAGUUAUGGAAUUCUAAUCUUGGAGAUGUUCACAAACAAAAGACCAAGAGAUGAGGAGUUUAAGGAUGAUGCAAAUCUUCAUAGUUUAGUUAGUGAUGUGUUGUCAAAUCACACUACUAUUGAUAUUGAGGAAAUUAUGAGUUGGAGCAUUCAUCAAAUCAACCCUAAAGUGAAAGAUUGUUUGAUAAGGAUAUUUAGGAUUGGGGUAGCUUGUUCUAAAUUUGAGCAAAGAGAUAGAAUGUUGAUUACCGAUGUUGUCAACGAAUUGUGUAAGAUAAGAGAUUUCUAUCUCUCUUAA